AUAAUAAUAUUGUAAUAUUUGAGACGACAGAAGUGCAAUACAGUCAUUUUGAAUCAGGCACAAAUAGGACAACCUGCCUGUUCCUCCAUGUGUUCAAGGACCCCUUAAGAUGUCCAUGCUUGCCGAACCUCGUCGUAAACAGAAGUGGUCUGUGGACCCCAGAAACAGCUCGUGGAGCAACGAUGAGUCUAAAUUCGGACAGAAGAUGCUGGAAAGUAUGGGCUGGGCCAAAGGAAAGGGUCUCGGCAAGACUGAACAGGGGUCUACAGAACACAUUAAGGUUAAAGUCAAGAACAACAAAAUGGGUCUGGGCACUAAUGUAAACAACGAGGACAACUGGAUUGCCCACCAGGAUGAUUUUAAUCAACUCCUUGCUGAGCUUAACAACUGCCAUGGACAGACCCACACUGACAACCCCACGCAGGAACAAGGAUUUAGUUUGGUGGAGAAAUCAAAGACAUCCAAGAAAAGGGUCCAUUACAUGAAAUUCACUAAAGGAAAGGACCUGUCCAGUCGUAGCGAAACGGACCUGGCUUGUAUUUUUGGGAAGCGAUCGAAACGGGAAAUAAGAGACCAAGAUGAGGGGAGCAGUGGCGUGGACUCUCAGGAGGAGAGAGCAGAGGACAGUGACACAGUAACUAAUCCAGAACCAGAGACGCAACAAAAUACAGUGACCAGCACAAUGACCAUGCAAGAGUACUUCGCCCAACGGAUGGCCAAGAUCAGGAAGGCUCAGGGAGCACGUGACCCAGCCGUGAGCAGCGACACGCCGUCUCCAUCUGCCUCCACGGAGGACUCCCCGAACACCAGUGAUAUGGAACAGUCCAAAAAGAAGAAGAAGAAGAAGAAGAAGGACAGAGAGAGUGAUAGAAAUGGCACAGAGGAAGAUGAACUGACCUCAGUAACAGGAGAGAGUGUUGAAGAGCCUACCUCACAGAAAAAAAAGAAGAAGAACAAGAGGAAACGAGAGGAUAGGGAGGAGGAUGAAGUGUGCAGCGCCCCUACAGUAACGGAGGAAGAGGCUCCCGCCACAGAGAAGAGGAAGAAGGAGAAAAAAACAUCUCUAGAGGUUCAUACAGAUCAACAUCAAACAGUAGAAACUGAAAAUAUAGACCCUAAAGUUUCAGAUAAGAAGAAAAAGAAGAAAAAGAGAGAACUGGAUGAAGAGGAGGGAGCGACUGAGGAACUGAUGCCCAAAAAGAACAAGAAAAAAACUGAAAAAAUGAAUUUGUAGGCUUUUUGAUAUCAUGAUUUUAAUAUUGAGAUCACCAAAAUGAAUGACAGUGAAUCCCAUCAAUUUAUAUUCACAUUUGGUUUGUAUCUCCAUAUUUAAACUAAAUCACAAAACAUUAAAAACAUGGAAAUCAA